AUGGCCGUUUUCAACCUCACCCCCGCUGACCCUUCAACAUUCACUCUAAGUGGUAUUCCUGGCCUAGAAACUGCCCACAUCUGGAUUUCCAUCCCUUUCUCUACAUUCUACACUAUCAGCCUGCUGGGAAAUUGCACGGUCCUGUUUGUUGUAGGCACAGAGCAGGCCCUAUACAAACCGAUGUACCUGCUGCUCUGCAUGCUGGCGCUCACAGACAUCAGCAUGUCUACGUCUGUUGUGCCGAAGGCACUGUGUAUAUUUUGGUUCAACUUGAAAGGCAUUACUGUGGGUGGCUGCCUCACCCAGAUGUUCUUCCUUCAUGCGGCUUCUGUUAUGCAGUCAGCCGUCCUCGUGGCAAUGGCCUUCGAUCGCUACAUUGCUAUAUGUGACCCUCUGAGAUAUGCCACCAUCCUCACCAAUUCACGAAUAGCUAAACUGGGGCUUAUGGGCUUGAUAAGAGCUGUUCUCUUCAUUCUGCCCAUGCCCCUGCUCCUGAGCAGGCAGCCAUUCUGUGCCAACCACAUUAUCCCCCACACGUACUGCGACCACAUAGCUGUGGCAAAGAUGUUUUGUGGGGACAUCACAGUCAACAGGUUGUACGGCUUGGUGAUAGCACUUGUAGUCGUCGUGUUAGAUCUGAUGCUCAUUGCCCUGUCCUAUGGUCUGAUCAUAAGGACCGUCCUCAGAAUCUCCUCCAAGAAAGCCCACCAGAAAGCCCUCAACACCUGCACAGCUCACAUCUGUGUCAUGCUGAUGUCUUAUACUCCCUGCCUCUUCUCCUCUCUGACACAUCGGUUUGGUCAGGGCAUCGCUCCCCACAUUCACAUCAUCUUGGCCAACCUCUAUUUCCUCAUCCCCCCCAUGCUCAAUCCAAUCAUUUAUGGGGUCAAAACCAAAGAGCUUCGUGACAAAGUGGGCAAAUACACCUUCAGAAUGUGCUCACCUGGGGCCACUGACUUUAAACCUGCAUGA